AUGGACGCGGAUACUGGAAGUGAGAAAACAAGCAGCCUGCUUGAUGCUGUCGAGCGCCUGGAAGCCGUUGCUUUCGUCCCACCCAAGCAAAGAUACACAGAUGCAAGUCUGCUAGUGAAAACGAUCGCAUCAGACGCGUAUGAAAAUGGUCUUCCCCAAUCUGUGCUUGCCCGUCUCCUGAAGAUUCUGACCACGAAAAAUAACCUGGACCAAGGCACAGUUACAACAUUGAUCAAGAACCUGUAUCCGCAGAAUAGAAUCGCAUCUAAGAAUGUCACACAAGUGGUGUGCUCUCUCGGGCCGAGCAAGAACAAGCCUAGUCUUGCGACGCAAGCUCUGCUGUUGCGCUGGUUGAUCCUUUCGUACGAUCUCUUCCAAGAAAGGAAGCACCUUGUCAAGCUUUACACCGUGCUGUUCAACCAUCUUGAUAUGAUCAGCUUGCGGAAACCACUGUGUCAUAUUCUUUCGCUUAUUACGAGGCGAAAACACGUUAAGCCGUUCCGGAUUCAGGUUCUGAUGGAGUUCAUUCAGGCUUCUGGUGGUGAUGAGAAGGAACUCAUUAGCUUACUGAGGAUAUUCAAGAAUUACUACCCUGAGAUUGUCCUUGGUGAUUUCGCGGGUUCGAGGAGGAAUGCUCUUUUCUUUAAACAUCCAGAUCCGGAGUGGUCAGGCCAUGCGAAGGUGCUCCAGGAUCAGUAUAUCGAGAGAAUGCAAGCGGGUCCAGGAUCGAGUUUCCAAGUCGUUCGUCGGGGAACGGUGAAAAGAAGCAGGAUUGAAGUGGUUAUCCCUGCUCUUCAGACUUCACGGGUAUCAGAUAAACACACAUCCCUGGAGGAGCUGCGUGAUGUUGGUCAUUUUGUGGACAAAAUUGACAAAAUUGAGUUACCGAAUCAAAUAAUCUCGACUCUGAGCGAUGCAAUGGCUCAGAAAUAUCUUCAUCUGGUCCAACCUGAGCUCGCGGACCAUCGGCUGGAUGAAUGGCUGAGGAGUUUUCUGGAGGACAAGCUGGAGGCGCUCCGCGGGGACGAAGACGAUGAACCGGAGACAUUGUCCUACUUCUUGGAUUUUGUUGUGGGAUAUGUAUCAUAUAUCAAGGACCUUCCAUCCGCAAUUCGUUCAUUCUUGAAGUCUUACCUGCAGAUAUGGAAUGGGAAGGAUAAUCGCGAAAAUGUCUUCCGACUUUUACAAUACGUUCCGAUUGAGCCUUUCAAGUCUCUGCAAAGUGAACUCCUGUCCCCCCUGGAGUCAGCAGUGCUAGAUGAGGGCCUUGGUUCCAGAACCGCGUUACUGGAUCUCUACGCGGGACUGAUCAGUCAAUGGGGUGUGAAACUUCGCUCGCAAACGGCCACAUCUGAGGAAUGUACUCCCCUCAGCCAGAUGAUUGUGCAUGCUGAACUCUUAGCAUCUUCCAUUCUGGAAUUCUCCACCGAUGAAGAUCAGAAAGCGGCCAAGCCAGCCUCAAUCUCUGUCCUCGAUUUCUACAGAACCCUUUCAGGUCUGUUUUCUCACGCACCUCAAGAUGCGCGAUUCCGUCUCACUCUUCCUUACGCACAAACGGUGUAUACACUGGCUUUCACACCGAGUGCCGCCGUGAUUUCAAGUCUCAACUCCAUUUUGGCAGUCUACAAGUCUGCAUUUGAAGCUUCUUUAAGCUCACAAGUCCUCCAAGCACAAAGCACCCCGGGUUAUGGAACAGAUUUGGUCGGUCGGUUCAACGGCUAUGUCAUGGACAUGUGCAAUGUUCUAUGGCGAAACCGUGCACUCAACACAGAAGACCCGAAUGCGCUGGGCUGUCUUGUUCCAGCAUCAACUGUGACUGCCCUGACGAGUUACAUCAAAGACGCAUCCGAGGCAGCCAAGCACUACGACCGUGAGAGCGCGUUCCAUAUCAGUGUCUCUUCAAUUUUCUCUCUCAGUCACAGUGCGGCGUUUUGCAAUUUGUCUGCCGCAUGUUUCGCAGAGCUCGAAGAGGACCAGCAGGUUGGGGAUGACCGACCAAAGUUACGGAAGCCCGUGACUCAGAAAGUGUUGCAGGCCCUUGAGAAGGAAGGCGGCGCUAAGAUUACAUGGCAGGAGUACCGUGUGCAUAUGCUGGACUGGUUAGAUGGGGUAGGGUGUCGCGGCACCAGCAUUCUGAUGAGGAGCACGAUGAAGGCUUUACGUAAAGAGUAA